AGAGACAGAGAGAGGAUUUGAUCUUUCUUUUUUUAAAUUAAUAAAUUAACUCAGAAAGGGUUCCUUCACUUCCCUUCCUUUUCCAUUCCACGUCCAACACACUCUUGUCUUGUGAUUCUUCUUCUUCAUUCUCCCUUUUUUUGCCCUAGAUUAGAUCCUUUCUCUUCCAAUCAUUAAUUAAUUAGAUUUGAUUUGAUUUGAUUUACCUUAAUCCUUCGUCUGCUUUUUCCUUCCCUCAACUCCACCAUUCCUGAUUUUUCUGCAUCAGUCUAUUCAAGUUCAUUGUAGGGUGUAUAUCCUUGAUUUUGUGUGGGUUUGAGUUAGGGUGCAUGUGAAUGAAAAGGAGAUUUGCUGGAGGUGAUGCAUUUGCAUAGAUGAAGGCAGAAAAAGUUUGGCGUUUAGGCAGCAUGGGUGAUAUGCAGAUACUGCCUGGGUCUCGCCACCGUCCUCCCAUGAAGAAGCCGAUGUGGAUUAUUGUCUUGGUGUUGUUUGUCUGUGUCUUUCUAAUCUGUGCUUAUAUCUACCCACCACAGAGCAGUUCAGCCUGUUAUGUCUUCUCUUCCAAAGGGUGCAAGGGUUUUGUUGAUUGGCUUCCGCCUAUGCCUGCAAGAGAAUACACCGAUGAGGAGAUUGCUUCGCGUGUUGUGAUUAAGGAUAUUUUAAACUCGCCAGCAAUUGUUUCAAAAAAUUCUAAAGUUGCCUUCAUGUUUUUGUCACCUGGCUCUCUGCCAUUUGAAAGAUUGUGGGACAAGUUUUUCCAAGGUCACGAAGGGAAGUUCUCUGUUUAUGUGCAUGCAUCCAAGACAAAACCAGUUCAUGUGAGCCGUUAUUUUGUUAAUCGGGAUAUACGCAGUGACCAGGUGAUUUGGGGGAAAAUUUCUAUGGUUGAUGCAGAGAGACGACUAUUGGCAAAUGCUCUUCAAGAUACUGACAACCAGCAAUUUGUUCUACUGUCUGAUAGCUGUGUGCCUCUAUAUGAUUUUGACUAUAUUUACAACUAUCUGAUGUAUACAAAUAUCAGCUUUGUAGACUGCUUUAAGGAUCCCGGUCCUCAUGGCAAUGGCAGGUAUUCAGAUCGCAUGCUACCUGAAGUUGAGGUGAAGGACUUUAGAAAGGGUGCCCAGUGGUUUGCUAUGAAGCGGCAACAUGCAAUUAUAGUCAUGGCCGAUAACCUUUAUUAUUCAAAAUUCCGGUCUUACUGCCAGCCUGGUUUGGAGGGGAAGAAUUGCAUUGCUGAUGAACAUUACUUGCCGACCUUCUUCCAGAUGGUUGAUCCUGGUGGCAUUGCAAAUUGGUCACUAACUCAUGUUGACUGGUCUGAGAGAAAAUGGCACCCAAAAUCAUACAGGGCUCAGGAUGUUACUUACGAGCUUUUGAAGAAUAUCACAUCCAUUGAUGUUAGCGUGCACGUAACCAGUGAUGAGAAGAAAGAAGUGCAAAGCUGGCCUUGCUUAUGGAAUGGGAUUCAGAAGCCAUGUUACCUAUUUGCUAGGAAAUUCACUCCUGAAACAAUGGAUAGUUUGUUGCGUCUAUUGGCCAAUUAUUCAGGACCUUGAGCCUGCUAUUUUGAUCUAAUUCUUUGGUUGGAAAGUAAUGUUACUUUCAGCCCCGAUCUUGGUUUCUCAUAUGGUAUGAGAGUUGUAAAUUGCAGCAUUAUUGCGGCUUGAUCGCCUGCCAGCCACAUAUAUUGAGUGCUAGGUGAACUGGCCUUGGAGUUCGAGUGGGCCUAACAUGGACAGAAGAGGAGGCUAACGAUUUAGUGUUCCUUUUGGGGAUGGAUGGAUGGCUUAUUAUUUUUUCCUUCCAUUUCUGUUAUAUUUUACAUUAUAGAUUUUUGGAGAAAUCAUAUCAACUCAUUAUGGUUGUUCAUCUUUGUAAAACUUGCAAAAUUGUUUAGUUGAAAACACCACGUGUUACUGUUCAUUCAGAAAAUUCAUUGGUCUAUUCUUAUGCGGUAUCUCUUUAA